AUGAGAAGAAAAGGAGCAUCAGAGAAGUAUGUGAGAGUGAUCCAGGACAUGUACGAAGGCUCAAGGACGAGGGUAAGGAGCAGUGUGGGAGCAACAGAGGAGUUCUGUGUGAGAGUGGGCCUGCACCAGGGAUCUUCUCUGAGCCCAUAUCUGUUCAACCUACUCAUGGAUGACAGUAUUCAAAAUAUAAAGGAGGAGGCACCGUGGACUAUGUUGUUCGCGGAUGACAUCGUCUUGGUGGAUGAAAGUAGAGAUGGUGUGGAGAGAAAGUUGGAGAGAUGGCGACGAGCAUUGGAGGAGAGAGCGGACGGCAACCUGGAUGGAGAGAUCAUUCACCGUAUCCAAUCGGGCUGGAAGAAUUGGAAAAGAACAACUGGAGUGCUCUGUGACCGAAAAAUUAGUGCAAGAGUAAAGGGAAAAGUGUUCAAAUCGGUGGUUAGACCUGCCAUGUUAUAUGGUGCGGAGACGUGGCCAAUAAAGAAAGCACAGGAGAAUAAGGUCGCCAGAGGGCCACGCGACUUGUGUUUACGUCUGGCCAGGGUCGCCAUGUGGCUAGCAGUGCACCGCGUCGUCCACACAACCAUCCAGGAACUUAAGGGAGGCAGCGGCCCAAUACUUGGAGCCGAGCGGUGA